AUGGCACACCAUCAGUGUAGCCACAAUCACCACGGGCAUCACCAUCACCACCACGUGCAUUCCGAUGAGAAUGCGGACAAGACGCUGGGCGAAAAGAACAAGGAGCAUUUUGACCAAGUAGCGGCGACCAUCUUCGACACGCCGUGGGUCGCAAAGCUCGGGGAACAAGUCUCGCGCGAACUUCGUGACAACUUUGCGUGGUUUGGCGUGAGGGCAAACAGCGCUGGCUCACCAACUAAGAUGCUGGACUAUGCCUGUGGCAGUGGUAUCGUGUCUCGUGCCCUCUCGUCUGAUGUGCCCGUCAUUCGAGGAAUAGACAUUUCAUCUGGCAUGGUCACACAGUACAACAUGCUUGCAGAGAAAGCAGGGUUCUCACUAGAGACGAUGCGCGCUGUCCACGGUGACCUGCUCGACAGCGAUGCCACCCCAUCCGCAGAGCUCCCGACUGCCGAGUUCAAUCACUUUGACCUCGCGGUGAUGAGCCUCGCCCUUCACCACGUCUCAGACGUCGACGCAAUGAUCCAACGCUUGUCGGAUCGACUCGCCGACGGCGGCGUGCUCGUCAUUGUGGACUGGAUGAGCGAGGAGGCGGGCAGCGACUGGAAGUUUCUGCAGUCGGAAGACAUGCCCGUGAGACAGACGGUGAGCCGGAUGGGCUUCAGCGAGGGUGCUCUGCGGGAGACGUUUGAGAAGGCGGGACUGAGUGGCUGGGGAUGGAAAGCGUUCGCGGAGGAGUCGGAGGUGCCCUCCAAGUUUGGCGGCAGCAUGCGCGGGUUUCUGGCCAGGGGCGUGAAGGGUGCGUGA